GUGACGUAAGCCGUCGUCCAUCUCCCGCGACCUGCAUACAUGACCGAAAACAAAUGAAUAUCGAGAGGCUAUCAUGUGCAGGCGGCCGCGCACAUCGCACGCAACUAUUGGGAUAUCCGCGGAAAAACAAAUGAAGCUAGCUACUACAACUACAACUCGGCCGCUCUGAUUUCAAACCGCGGAACGCGCGCGAAUGGUUCUUGGCUCGCGAAAAGUUCAUUAACGAUUGUCUGUUGUUGGCGCUGAAAGGUCCGAAGACCGGAAUAUUGUGCCAAGCCCUUUUCCGGAGUUUUAAGGGAAUUAUGGUUUGACGUUUUGCCCAUCAAAAUGACCAUGCGAGCCGUGGCCUUGAAUGUUUACGAACUUGCUCCACUGUGUAGUCCAUUGAUUCGCGCAACAGAGGGUUGCUGGGCAACUCCGCUUGGGCUCUGAUGUGAUGUAACAUCUGCUUCGGAGAUGGCAUUAUUGGUGGUCUAAUCUAUACCAGUGUGGAGCCCCAGCAAGAUCCAGUCCAUGGGGACCAGGCCAGAUCCAGAAGGGUGAGCAUUGCAGAUGGCCAUGCUGGACAUGACAAUCUCGCUUUUGACUCACCUAGUCGGAAGAUAUCCAUCAAUUCGGACCAUACAGAACUAGGACCAGUCAGAAAAAAGAGCAUCCUGCACAGAGUUGGCGAUGUGGAUAGUUGUAGCUUACAUGGAAAGCCUGAAUGUGGCAGACAGCACCAUCAAACAAAUGGAGACAGAUGCAAGAAAUUGUCCACAACAGACUCGAUGCAUUCUAGGGCAACCAGAUUUUCAGAUAUGCAGGAUACUGAAAGGUCUUGGUGGUAUGGGUUCUGCCUCAAAUGCCGGUCUAAAGAUGAAGGCGUACCAUCUUGGAGCCCACCCUUAUGGCACAAAAUGUGUCCUUAUCCAUUCUGUCCAACGUAUAGACAGUUCACAAGAAUAGUAGCUAUAAGUCUGAUAGGCGUGCUAACAUGGUGCGUGGUGUAUGCCAUCGUGGGUGACACAGCAGCGCCACCUAACGGCCACCUCUUCCAACUCAUCAUCCUUAGCAUCGCGGCCCACUUUGGAGGGUGGCUGAUGAGUCUCACUACUUUACCGGCAUUGAUCGGCAUGCUCUUCACAGGAGUACUGCUCCAGAACGUUAGCAUUGUAAAUAUAGAUUCUUCAUUCCAACAUAUCACUAAGGAGCUGAGGAAUAUUGCUUUGGUGAUAAUCCUGAUCAGAGCAGGUCUCGACUUAGACCCAUCGGCGCUCAGAAGACUGAAGUUUUCCGUUAUCAAAGUAGGACUGUUACCAUGGUUUAUAGAAGUAGGACUCGUCACAGUCAUGUCAGCGCUGAUAUUGCGUAUUCCUUGGGAUUAUGCAGUACUCAUGGGCGCGAUUGUCGGUGCAGUAUCCCCAGCUGUAGUGGUGCCAUGUUUGUUCCGACUGAGAUCAAAAGGAUACGGUGUAGCUAAAGGCAUUCCUACACUCAUUAUAGCCGUAGCAGGGAUAGAUGACGCGGUUUCGGUAGCUGUGUUUGGAAUCAUCAAAAGCAUCAUGUUUUCACCAAGUUCGCUUACAAGUGUUAUCAUCCAGGGACCUGCGUCUAUUGUGGGAGGUAUUGGUUUUGGAAUAUUCUGGGGCUCUAUAUCAUACUACGCCCCAGAACGAAACGACCCUUUUGUUGUACCAUUGAGGGUACUAAUGCUCUUGGUAGGCGGAACAGUUGCAGUAUUCGGCAGCGAACUCUUGGGAUAUGGUGGCGCAGGGCCUUUAGGAUGUGUUUCUGCAGCUUUCGUGUCACUCGUGUUUUGGUGCAAGCAAGGUUGGGAGAUAGAAGAUAAUCCAGCUGCAACCGCAUUCGAAAUUUUCUGGAUGAUCUUUGAGCCUAUUCUGUUCGGCCUGACAGGAGCGUCUAUCAAAAUCAACGAAUUAGAUGGGCCGGUGGUGUCGAUCUGCGUUGGAAUCUUGCUGACAGCUAUCAUCAUCAGGAUGCUGUUCACCGUCGUCUGCGGAAUAGGUUGCAAGUUAAACCUUAAAGAAAAGCUUUUCGUGGCGUUCGCCUGCAUGUCUAAAGCCACAGUCCAGGCUGCUUUGGGGCCAGUUACGUUAGGUGUAGUGGCUGCAAGCACAGUUGAACACGAAUACGCCGAAAAAAUCCUAACCGUCUGCAUACUAUCCAUCGUUCUCACAGCUCCCACCAGUGCCAUACUCAUCACGAUACUUGGUCCCAAAUUGCUCACCAAAACGAAGUUCCCAGUGAUUCCAGAAGACUGGCGAAGGAGUCACAGACCUUCUAUUAGAGACAUCAGCAUCAUUGAUGAAGAAGAGGAAAGGGAUGAUACUGUCGAUGUUACUUGCGAUACAACUGAUACAAGUGUGACCAAGAUUGAUCCAGAUUCAUUGUCGGAUUCAACAAAACAUCAACUGUGAACAAGCUGCAUCCUUCACAUUUCUCUAGGUUCUUGGUCCGCAGCGGUUUUUUUACUUCAAUUUACCGUUUGAUUAACAACAUGUGGAAGAUGUAUGAUAUAUCCUAGGAACAGUGAUAUUACUAACGAGAUAACCAUAAUCCAUUCCAAAAACUAAAUGAUAUUCUAAGUACUGGCACCAUAAGCUAUUCUGCUUAUCAGGGUAUGCAUAUAUGCAUAUGAUAUGUCAUAUUUUGCUUCUUUAUUUUAUUACUCCAUUAGAUAGGCGUGUUACCUAGAGCUAUUUUUAUGCCAUAGUAUAAACUGUCACACGUAUUGAAGGUUAAUAUUGUUUUUUUAUGACCAGGAAACUCAAACAUUUGAAUAGAGUUCCUCUCCAACGAAGCUUUUAUCUACUUUUAUGCUAUUGGUGCAGACAGAGUUAUUAAUUGAGCUAUUUUUCGUAUUCUAUUAUAACACAUCAGCAAAUUAUAAAUGGCAAAUAAAAAACCAGGCAGUUUUACGUUAACACUGCUUCAUUACGUGCAUACGUGAGUUGCGUUACCGAAGCUCUGGAAUCGCCUUCACAGUAUACUGGAAUUGCUAUGAGAGCAUGACUUAAUUUAUAAAAAGUACAUUUGAUUUAAAAAUCGGCGUUAAAAUUAUUAUUAUUCGUCUGUACGUUUACAGAAUUCAGUUUCGUCAGUAGUCAUUGAAGUAUUGAAACCUUUAUAGAGCUCAAAUUAGAGUAACUGUUAUGUAUACAAACUGUUUUGUAAAUGUCACAGUAUAAAAAUCCAUGGUCUCUAUAACCAGAAUUGUGGAUAUUAAAAUCUUCACUCAAAUGUUAUUAGGGUCUUUCAUGUUAUAUUUUCUAUGUUUUGUAAUACGUAGUAUUGAGAUUCAGUAUUUUAUCGUAGAAUUACAUAUCAGUUGUAGUGAUACUUUUAGUGAUUUUAUUUUUAUGUGUAAAAUGUAAGAGAAGUUGCAUUAUGAUUAAAAUUAGUCGAAAAUGUGUUAAAUAAAUACUUAUGAG